AUGAAAACACCAGAUUCAUUUAAUUAUGAUGUUUUUCCAGAAGAAUUACCAAAAUUCAUUGAUGAAUCACCUACGGCUAAUGAUAAUUAUGGUACAAUUGUUCAAGAAGCUUUAGCUGAUAGAAUUCAAAAACCAAUAUACAUGGAAUCAGUUGAUCAAUCAAAUUCGCAAGUUUUUUCACAAGAAUCACCAAAAUUUGUUGAUGAACAAGCUGCUGCUAUUGAUAAUUUGGAAACUGACUUUACUGAUCAAGUUGAUUCGGAAGUUUUUCCAGAAGAAUCAAUAGCUGAUACUGAUCCUAAUGCAUUUGCCGAUAGAUAUCAAACACCAACAAUAAUGAAAUCAAGCGAUCGAUACAACUUCGAUGUAUAUUCAGAAGAACUACCAGAACUUACCUACGAUGAAUCAUUAACAGAUACAAAUAAUUUCGAUACACAUGUUUACGAAAAUAUAGCAUCUAGAUAUCAAGAAGACAACGAAAUGAAAUCAGCUUUUAAAUUCCAUAAUAAUUUUCCUGUUGAAGAAUCUCAAGAAUAUAUCGAUGAAUCAAAUGAUGAUAUUAUAGAAUAUGAAAUCUUACAAGAAACAAAUAAUGAAUUUAUUUCUUCGAAUCUUGAAAAUCCUGCUGACGAAACAAGAGAUGAAAUAAUCGUUUAUGAUAUUUUACAAGAUUCAUCUAACGAAUUUAUGUCUUCAAAUUUUGAAAAUCCGAUUGAUGAAACAAUAGAUGAGACAAUGGUAUAUGAAAUUUUACAAGAUUCAAUUAAUAAUCUUAUGCCUUUAAAUCUUGGAAACUAUACCAAUGAAUCAAUAGGUAAUACUCAUACGUUAGAAACUAUGAUUUACGAAAUAAACCCACCCAUACAAUCACCAAAUCGUACUCGACCACCUGUAGGUAAUCUAUCUCAAAUAGUUAGUGAUUCUCUUUUAACAAGUUCAAAUUAUCAUCAAUUUCAUCAAAAUCAAGAUAAAAUUGAAUUUACUAUCACACAUCCACCACCAUUGUAUGAUGAGGAAAUUUAUGAAGAAUAUGGUUAUCGUCGAACAACUACUGAUCCUCAAACAGAUGAUAUUGUUGAAAAAUUCGAAGAAUUAUGUCAUCGUUAUUCAACAAAUUAUGAACAAUAUCAAACAACAGCUAAACAAAUUGAUAAUGAAAUAAAUGAAUUUGAAAGACAAGUACAUGAACAACGAGAACAAAAUGUAUCACCAGUAAGUGAUACAACAAGUGAAGAAUUAAUUACAACUAUUGAACGUAUUAUUGACAAACCUGAUGAAGUAAAAUCAAAAAUAAUUGAUUUCGAUAAUGUCUAUUCAACAAUAAAAGCUACAAGACAAGAAGAUUAUAUUGGAAAAUAUGGUUUUGAUUUGAAAGAAACUGUUGAUGGAAAAAUAAAAGUUUCAUCCAUUAUUAAUGGAAAUUAUUGUCCACAUUUAAAUAUUGGAGAUGAAAUAAUAAGUAUAAAUGAUACAAAAACAUUUCAAACAUAUGAACAAUGUCAAUUAUUAUUACAUUCUCUAUGGAAAAAUGCGUAUGACAAUGUACAAAUCACAGUUCUCAAAUCAGUAACCAUUCCAAUUGUACCAAGUAAAUAA